AUGCCUGAUCUGGUGAAAUUGAUGUACGACGCUUUUCCACCAGCUAUUCGGACAAUUUUCAUGGGCUGCAGUACACCACCGCAACCAGGCGAGUUGGAUAGAAUCGUAUCAGUCUACAACAAGGAGAUACGCGAAGACCCUAACGAGAUAUGGAUGGGUGUGAAAGAUAUCGCUACUGCCAAGUUGGUUGCCGCAAGCUGCUAUAAAGUUUUUCUCAAUGGCGAAGGUGGCAACAGGAAUGCCGAUAGCACGCCGCCAUGGCUCACCGGGAAGGACAAGGAGUUAAGUGAGAGAGUCAUAAAGCAGAUGUCAGAAAUGCGUGCCAAAGCUAUGCCUGGUCCGUUUGUCCGCUAUAUCGAAGCUUCUGCAGAAGGGAAUUUUCUCUACAAGAUGUAUGGCUUCUAUAAUCUGGAGAAGACUGGUGGGGAGCUCGGUGAGGACAGUGCGGUUACUAUGAAGCGAGAUGCUCGGAUCAAGCCGAUCAUGGGUGGUAGAUCUUGA